AUGGCAGCAGUGAAACUAGUUGCGGUGUGUGUCUUGUGCGCAGCUUUAGCGACGGUGAGGACGCAGUUCCUGCAGCAUCCAUCUGACACGGAGGCAGUUGAAGGAUCUAAUAUUACCAUGUCCUGUGAGCUUAAUCUGACGCUUGAUGGUAGCGAUGAAGGUCAACCAUGGGUGGACUGGUAUCGUGACGGUUACCAGAUUUCAAUCGAGAAUGAAGACAGAUACUACAUCGAUGGUAAUAGUUCGGACACGGGGAAUUUUAGCAUACAAAUAUCAAACUUACAAGUUGAUAAAGAUGAUGCAGCGUUCUACUGCCAAUUGCAGCAAUAUGAAAUAGAUCCUGAGAAUAACUCUGUAUCUAACACGGGUCGGGUAACUGUGCUUGUGUCACCACAGGCAGUUGAUAUGUUUCCGAUCCCUUCACCACCGGAUGGAAAGCUACAGUUUUUCUGUGUAUCACACAGCAGUAAGCCAGCUGCCAGCGUCACGUGGUGGCUGAACGAUGAAGACAUCACAAUUUACGCAAAUCAAACACACGUGCCAGGUUUAACAAACAAGACAUUUACAACUGAGAGCACGCUGCGGUACAGGGUCUCAUCAGAGCAUAAUCACAAAGAACUUCUCUGUCGAAUUUUCAUCCACGAGUACUUACCUGUAGAGGGAAUAACCGAGACCCUGUACCUGAGAGACACUGUGACCAUCAGCAGCAGCAGCAACUCUACUGGCAAUGACGUGUCUAUCUCGCAAAACACGAACCUGACAUUACACUGCAAUGCAGAUGGUUAUCCAGAACCAACAUACGCAUGGUUUCACAACCUCAAUCGGAUUCGCGAAUUGGGAAACGCGUUGGUCAUCGAGCAAGUGGCACUUGACGACAGAGGAUUCUACUCAUGUCAGGCGAAUAGUGCAGUUGGGAAAUACAUGUCGAGCAACAUGAUGGAUGUGAGCGUCGCAGUUCCAGCUGCAUACGCCUCGAUGACGGUAGACCAUUUCGUUGCUAAUGGCGCGGUGACGAUAAUCACAGGACUACACGACGUUAGGUGUUUUACACGUAAAAGCUUUCCCGGCGGAAUGGUAACCUGGCGACUCGGUGACAGGGAGGUGAAAACGGCGAUUACUUUGCAUAUCUAUAACGACGACGGAACUAUAGCGACGUACAGCACACUGACGCACAUAUUCACCAGUGAUGACGACGGCGAAACGCUAUCCUGCCACGUUGACAUCCACGAAUUAUUUCAGCCGCUGUCGGUCGAGCUGCAGCUUGAUGUUCAGUACAUGGGUGAAGUGAGAGUGAGCGGCGGCGAUCAGAGUGGUAACGUAACUCUCGAGCCCGGCAACCCGCUGCGGCUGCUCUGCGCUGCGAACGGAAACCCAGCGCCAUAUUUCUCCUGGCUGCACAAUAAGACGCUAGCCGUUGGAAACGGUAGCAGUAGCUACGAGAAAGAAUCGGUAGGCUUUGACGACACGGGCGUCUACGAGUGCGCGGCGCGAAACAACGCCGGUGUUUUCAUUUCGAAUGAAGUGGCUGUGUUCGUCAUUGCGCCGGAUAAACUAAAUAUUGGCUACAUCGUAGCCUACCUCAUAUUGAGCUUAUUCAUCCUCAUUGUCAUCAUCGACGUUGUCGCCAUUUGCAUGCAAAAGAGAGCCGAGGCACGGGCAAGUACUGAGCCAGAAGAGGGUACCACGGACGACGAUAACAGCAUUGUAAUAGAAGUGUCGCCUAAGAAAGAAAAAUUCAAGAAAAACGUCAAGGCUAAAACAACUGACGCUGUAGUAUAA